AUGGACUCUCUCCUGCACUCAUACUCCAUCAACCUUGUACUCUUUGCAGCUUCCCUUUACAUUGUCGUUGGGCCUCGGUUAGCGGCAUUGACCUUUUGGUACGAGUUCUACUACGAUGUCGUUUGCAAGGGGCGGUUUUCAUGGAAGAUACAAGAGCUACACCAACGCUACGGACCGGUAGUACGAAUCAAUCCGCAGGAGUUACAUGUGGCAGAUCCAGCUUUCUACGACUCUGUAUACGUUGGGCCUGGAAGACGGACCGAGAAAUGGGAGUACAGUGCACGCAUGUUUGGCACGACCAUGGCGGCGGUUGGGACGACUGGACAUGAGCUGCAUCGUAUCAGAAGAAGUGCAUUGAACGGAUUCUUCUCGAAGCGCGCUGUGACGAACAUUGCUCCAACGAUUCAAGAGCUAGCUCAUCACGGGUGUGACUUGGUAAGGAGAAGAGGAGCAGAGGGUCGCGAACUGAACUUGCGCAACUUCUUCUUUGCAUUUUCAGCCGAUGUUGUAGGUCAGGUUGCUUUUGGGAGCAACUACGGUUUGCUGGAUAAAGAGAGCUUUGAACCUGGGUGGCAAAAACUCAUGAUGGACCUAAGUAGCGGUACCCAUCUCAUGAAACAGUUCCCAUGGGCUUAUCACCUGCUUAAAACAAUCCCCCCAGGUCUAGUGUCACUGUUCCACCCGCCCGGUACGCGUCUCUUCAACAUACGCAACGACAUCAAACUCAAGAUCGAAGAAACUAGGAAAACGCUGGACUACGAAAAGGUCGACGAGGAAAAGGGUAUCCAACACAGCACGUCUUCACGAACGGCUUUACAUACGCUCCUUACAUCCUCGUUACCAGCGCCUGAGCUUCAAACCCCUCGCCUAGAAGACGAAGCCUUCACCCUUCUCGGCGCCGGCACAAUCACCACUGCGCACACUCUAACAACCAUCCUUUACCAUGUCCUCGCCAAUAGCACCAUCAAGUCUCGUCUAGAGUUCGAAUUAUCCUCCCUCGAAUCCACCUUUCCACCCGGAACCUCGCGACCCUCCCUAGCCGACCUAGAAAAAUUACCCUACCUCCAAGCCAUCACAUCCGAAGGCCUCCGCCUCAGCUUCGGCGUUUCCCACCGCCUCCCCCGCAUAUCGCCCGACACUACAUUGCAUUACUCCGGCUCCUUCAAUGACCGAGAAUACAAGUACACCAUCCCGCCCGGCGUUCCCAUUAGCAUGACACCUAUGUUCAUGCAUCUCAACCCCCAUAACUUCCCUAAUCCGCACACAUUCGAUCCUUCGCGCUGGCUCUCUUCACGCUCUAGCUCCAAUGAUGCCGGGGAAGAGGAGGAAGAGCUGAAGAGGAGGAAAACGUAUCUCGUACCUUUCAGCAAGGGGACAAGGGCUUGUGCGGGGAUAUGGUUGGCGUAUGCGGAGUUGUAUGUUAUGAUAGGUGCGUUGUUUGGGGAGAAGGGCGUGGGGAGGAGGAUGGAGUUGUUUGAAACAGGCGCUGAGGAUGUGGAAUGCGCACAUGACUUUUUCAAUCCUUCUCCUCGACUAGACUCGAAGGGUUUGAGGGUGGUGCUGAAGGAGGAAAAGUCUAAGUGA